AUGAGGCAGGAUCAGCCUGGGGACAGCGAGACUGCACUCUCUCACCACCAGUUGACCCCACUGCAGUCUCGCUGUCCCCAAGCUGCUCCUGCCUCAUGGCACCAGUGGCGCUGGCCCUCAUCCUGGGUGAGUGACAAUGGGGAUGUGGUGCCACGGGGGUUGGUGGCCCUGUGUGGGACCAGGAUCGUGUCUCUUGCAGGUUGGUGGUUGGUGGCAGCCAGCAGAGCUCAGCACGUGCCCCAACCCUCUCUGUCACUGCACCCCAGGCAGGGGGUGUCCCUGGGGGACACUGUCACCCUGCGAUGCCACCUGUCCCGGAUGGCUGCCUGGGUCUGGCUGUACCAGGACAGAGGUUGGACACACAACAAGUACAAGGACAAGGAGCAGGACGUGGUCGACUUCUUCAUUAGCACAAGUCGGGAACAUGCGGGGACGUAUCGGUGCCAGUACCACGUGUCAGAGCCAUUGGGGAUAUCAGAGCAGAGUGAUCCUGUGGAGCUGGUGCUGACAGCUGAACCCAACAGGAGUUCCAAGGCCAGUGAGGUCCAGGUGCCACCCAGUGACAACAAGAGGCUGACCUGCCCUGAGCUGCAAGCUGUGACCCCCAGCUUCUGCCGCCCUGGUGCCAGCACGGUCCCCCAGCACCCGGUUAUGUGCCCUGGGGUGGGCUCUGGGGGACCCCUUUGUUGUCCCCCACACCGGCUGCCUCAUUUUUGGAGUGCCCCUAUGGGGACAAACACCAGGUUCCCAGCUUGGGGCUCCUUGACGCCCUCGGCUCCCCCCAUCCCACUAAUCCCCCCCAAAGUGACAUCCCCAAAUUCCUACUGCUGUACACCAAAUCGACCCUAAUCCCACCCAGUCCCUAAACAAUCAUCGCUGCUGUUGAAAUCCUUCCUUAUCACCCCUGAAUAGCUUAACACCCCUGGACACCCUCAAAUCCCCCCAGUCCAGCCCCCAAACCCCACCAGCACUCUUGUAGGACCCUCACAUCUCCCAAAAUCUGCACCAAACUCCACCCCCCCCCUUAAGGAACCCCUCAAUUGCUCCCAACCAACCACCAAAGCCCCCAUAAAACCAGGGUGAUCUGUAACAACAGGUCUGCACCAUCCCAUGUGUUCAAAUUCCAGGUGUGCUCAGACAGGGGUGUGCACAAACACGUGUGCAUUGUGUGCACCUGCAAAGCGCAGGUGUGUUGUGUGUUCAUCUUCACACGUGCACAUCAUUCCCACACCGCUGCAGGUGCUCAUGCGCAUUCUGUGUGUGCACUGUAACACGUGAACAAUAGACGUACACAGAUGUGAACAUCAUGCUUUAUGCUCUGGCUCCGUGUGUGCACAAUGUGACGUGUGUACACCAAUACACGUCCCUGAUCCUGCAAACAUGCAUCCUUAGCACAUGCUC